CAGGAGCUGACCCUGCGGCGGCGCGGCGCUCGGCUUUCCCUCGGAUCUCCGCUGCCCGGACAAAUGCAUACAAAUGCAUUUGGGAGCCGAGAGGACAAGGCGAGGACGCUUCUCUCCCGCGGAACAAACGAAAGCUCUCCUUUUUAUUGCAAUAUGUAUAGCUGUGGGUGUUGCACAAGUACCCAAACAAGCAAUAGAUGUUCUUCAUCAACUGGGCCUUGUGAAAGAUGUUCAAGAGCCCUCAGAGACAACAGUGCCUUCUACAUCAUCUCUGUUACCUCAGGGUGUUCGUCUAACUGUUUCGGGAGUUGUACUAACUAGUGAUGCACGUAUCGAAUCCCCCGUUGUUCAAGUCAUACCAUCAAAUCUAGGGCAUCAGUUCACCAUAUUGGUUGGGUUGUACUCUUACAGAGUCAAUAAUGCUUUCCUUUUCAGUAUUAGGAACAAAAGUAGACUGCAGUUUGGUGUUCAGCUGCUACCGAGAAAGGUAGCAGUAUACACUGGAGGGAAGCAGUCUGUACACUUCAAUUAUAGUGUUCAUAAUGAACAAUGGCAUUCAUUUGCCAUUGGCAUUGGAGACAAGACUGUCUCAAUAUUUGCUGAGUGUGGAAAGAAGUACUAUAGCAGUGAAGUACUUUCUGAAGUGGAGACGUUUGGUUCGGAUGGUGUAUUUACCCUGGGAAGGAUGAACUCUCAAUCUGUCAGCUUUGAAGGAGUUAUCUGUCAGCUAGAUAUUAUUCCCUCUGCAGAAGCCUCUGCAAACUAUUGUAAAUAUGUGAAACAGCAGUGUCGCCAGGCUGAAACUUACCGAUCUCAGCCAGGAGCUCCACUCGUGUCAGAGGGGCUGGAUAUUUUUUCAAAGAUGAUCAUUGAUGAGGAACACCAGGAAGAUUUAUCAGCUUAUAGAUGGAAGGAAGCAUCAAACAUGCCUGUUACCAAAGUUGCUCAGAUUCACUUUCUACCAGACCACUUUGAGUCAAGAAAUGCCUCUGCGUUGGAGUUUGCAGAGACCAAACCUCGACUGCUGGAAGCUUGGCCUGAAACAGAACUCGAGGAGAACAUCAAUCUGCCUCUUCAGCAGCAGGAGAUGAGCAAAAAAAGAAACACCACUAAAACUUCUGCAGGAUCAAAUCCAGAUAGUUCAGCUAAUACCACAGAAGAAGCAGGCAGACAAAGUGAACCUUCUCUGAUCUCCCCUGUAAAACAGAGUAAAACUAAAAGCAAGGGAAUGGAAAAAGCAAAACAGCAUUUAGAUGCGCUGAGCAAAAAGCAGCAAAUCUUCAACACAACCCUGUACAGUUUGCCUGCUGAGCUCCCUUUGGAUAAUCAACUCAGUGCAGGGCAGGAAGGUGCACUUGAUGUAGAUGAGACUUAUCACACAGAAAACAGUUAUGAAAUUAGUAUUAAUAAUUAUGCUUAUGACUAUGAAGAUCUUGGCAAAAUGUUUGAAAUGGGAAGUGUCAGAGGUCCAAAGGGGGAAACCGGACCUCCUGGUCCCCCAGGUCCUCCAGGUUUACCUGGUCCUUCAGGAAAGAGAGGUCCUCGGGGUAUUCCAGGACCACAUGGUAACCCAGGUUUGCCAGGAUUGCCAGGUCUCAAGGGUCCUAAGGGAGACCCAGGAUUCUCUCCAGGACGGGCGAAACGGGGAGAAAAGGGUGAUCCAGGCCCCAUAGGCUUUCCAGGUCCACCCGGGAUCAAAGGCCAGAAGGGUCUUAAGGGUUAUCCAGGACUGCGAGGGCCGCGGGGAGAACAGGGAAUCCCAGGAAUGGCUGGCAGUAUUGGGGCAGUUGGUUACCCUGGCAGGCAGGGCUUAGCUGGACCAGAAGGUAACCCAGGUCCUAAAGGUGUAAGAGGUUUCAUUGGACCUCCAGGUGUGGCAGGACAACCAGGACCUGAAGGAGAAAGGGGCAUCCCAGGCUUACGUGGAAAAAGAGGUCCUAAAGGGAGACAGGGUUUUCCAGGUGACUUUGGAAAUAGAGGCCCUCCUGGUCCAGAUGGAAGUCCUGGAAUUGUUGGUGGGGUUGGUCCUCCUGGAUUUCCAGGACUAAGAGGAGGCAUUGGGCCAGCAGGACCGAGCGGACCAUCAGGAAUUCCAGGGCCCACGGGUUUCCCAGGGAGUGUGGGACAGCCUGGAAUGAAAGGUGAUAAGGGUGAACACGGCCUUGCAGGAGAGCCAGGAGACCAGGGGUACCCAGGAGAUAAGGGUGCUCUUGGUUUACCAGGACCCCCAGGGAUCAGAGGAAAACCAGGACCCCCAGGGAAAAUUGGAGAUCCUGGACCCCAUGGACCAUUGGGUCCUCAGGGACCUGAGGGUUUUCCAGGCGAUAUUGGUGUACCUGGAUUAAAUGGCCCUGAAGGUCCUAAGGGACUUCUGGGUGACCGAGGUCCUCCAGGGCCUCAAGGCCCCAAAGGAGUAGAGGGAGAAGUGGGACCGGCUGGACCUAUGGGAGGAGUUGGCCCAAAAGGAAAACCAGGACAGAAAGGGUAUAUAGGUGAUCCUGGACCAGAAGGUUUAAAGGGAGAACAAGGAGAUCAAGGAAACCUUGGAAAAAGCGGUGUUGCAGGAUCAACUGGCUUACCUGGAGAAACUGGGCCAUCAGGAAGCCUUGGUGAAAAGGGAGAACGGGGCAGUCCAGGACCAGUAGGUCCUCCUGGAGAAAAAGGUGUCAUGGGCUAUCCAGGACCCCCAGGAGGCCCUGGACCUGUGGGGCCAGAGGGAUUACCUGGACCUUCAGGGGCACGAGGACCAUCAGGGCUGCAGGGACCUAAGGGAAGAAGGGGGCCAAGAGGUCCAGAUGGUCCUCCGGGAGAACUGGGAACAGAAGGCAUUAAGGGAGAAAGAGGUGAUCCUGGAAAGAAAGGAGUUCCUGGGCUCAUUGGUAAAGCUGGAAAUCCAGGAGAAAGGGGAGAUCAGGGUGCACUUGGUUUGCUUGGGCCUCCCGGAACCACAGGAGACAGGGGACCAAUGGGAGAGCCAGGUCCAAGAGGACAACCGGGGGAUGCUGGCCCUAUUGGAGAAAUGGGUUUUGAGGGACCUCCUGGCCCUGAAGGAGAAGCUGGUCUACAGGGGGAACCAGGCGCGAAGGGAGACAUUGGACCUGCUGGGAAGUCUGGAGAACCAGGCGAUCAAGGUUUAAGGGGUGAACCAGGACCUCCAGGAGAAGAUGGUGUUCAAGGAAAAGAUGGCCCAAAGGGAGACCCUGGAGACCAGGGACUUGUUGGAGAAGGUGGUGAAAAAGGCGAGAUGGGGUUACCAGGAAUUGCUGGGCCACCUGGUGAACCUGGCAUUAUGGGCAUUCCUGGCCCAGAAGGAACACCAGGAAAUCCAGGUCAGAGGGGCCGUUUAGGAAAGAAGGGGGAAAAGGGGCAGCUUGGCCCUCCGGGAGAAAUUGGACCUGCUGGUGAAUCUGGCCAAGCUGGAGAAAUUGGUCCCAAAGGUUCAAGAGGAACUCGAGGUCCCAUGGGACACCCAGGAGGAAUGGGGCCUGAAGGAGAGUCAGGAAUUCCAGGUUAUGGGGGUCACCAGGGUUCUCCAGGGUCUACAGGACCUCCAGGCCCCAAAGGAGAAAAGGGCUACCCAGGCGAAGACAAUACAGUCCUUGGACCACCAGGGCCCAUAGGUGAACCAGGUCCCAGUGGUGAACGGGGAGAUAGAGGAGAACCUGGUGAUGAGGGCUACAAGGGUCAUAUAGGCCUUCCAGGGCUUAGAGGACCUAUUGGACAACAAGGGCCUCCAGGAGAACCAGGUGAAUUGGGAGAGCAAGGACCAAAAGGAGAAAGAGGUUCAGGAGGUCCCACAGGGAAGAAAGGAGCGGUGGGUCAGGCAGGCAAACCUGGAAUUCCUGGAAAACCGGGGCCAGCAGGGCAGAAAGGAGCAGUUGGGUACCCUGGACCAGAAGGCAUUCCUGGGAACCCUGGCAAGACUGGGCUGUUGGGGAAGCCUGGCCCUAAGGGUAAUAAAGGAAACCCAGGCUUGCCAGGUCUGGCAGGUUAUCCUGGAGCUCGAGGUCCCAAGGGAUUGUCAGGCAUUCCAGGGCCCAUGGGAGCACCUGGACUAAAGGGUGAGAAAGGACUUCUAGGUCAUCCAGGAAAGCGAGGAAAAAGAGGCCUUCCAGGAUCACAAGGUGACCAAGGACCAGCAGGAGACCCUGGACUGAAAGGACAGACUGGAGAAGAUGGAGAUCAAGGUUUAAUGGGGUUUCAAGGAUUCCCAGGUCCAAAAGGUCCUGCAGGGGACAUUGGCUUAGUUGGAAUUCUGGGCCCAAAAGGUCCAACAGGCCAAGUUGGAUAUAUUGGCCCUGUUGGUCAAGAAGGCAUAACAGGCCCAACUGGCAGGCCUGGACCGAGAGGUGAAAAGGGCACAAGGGGUGAAAUGGGUCCUCAGGGACUGCAGGGCCAGCCAGGGCCACCUGGACCCCCUGGACCCCCAGGACCAAGGAAACAAGUGGACCUCAAUGCUGCUGUUAGAGCUUUAUUUGAGUCAAAUGCUGCCCUUCAGAUGGAGAAAUACCAGAAUACUGAAGUAACUUUACUAGAUCACAGUACAGAGAUAUUCAAAACGCUCCACUACCUUAGCAAUUUACUGCACAGCAUCAAGAACCCUCUUGGCACACGGGAUAACCCAGCACGCAUCUGCAGGGAUUUGCUUAAUUGUGAACGUAAAGUGUCAGAUGGAAAAUACUGGAUUGACCCAAACAUUGGAUGUCCUUCUGAUGCCAUUGAAGUUUUCUGCAACUUCACUGCAGGUGGUCAGACAUGUUUAACACCAUUGUCUGUGACAAAGCUGGAGUUUGGCAUUGGAAAAGUGCAGAUGAACUUCCUACAUUUACUGAGCUCAGAAGCAACCCACAGCAUCACAGUUCAUUGUCUGAACACACCACUGUGGGGAUUAAACAAAGCAGGUGGCCGGAAGACAUCAGUUACCUUCAAAGGAUGGAAUGGUCAAAUAUUCAAAGCAAAUACGCUGCUUGAACCAAAGGUCCUUAUGGAUGAAUGCAUGAUUGAAGAUGGCAGCUGGCGUAAGACACAGUUCUUUUUUCACACUCAGGACACCAGUCAGCUUCCAGUGGUUCAAGUUAACGCACUUCCUCACCUCAAACCAGGACAGCAGCACUUCGUAGAAAGUGGUUCAGUGUGCUUCCUUUAAGGUUUCUGUCCUGGUUUUUUUUCAUCAACACGGAGUUUCUGCAUAGAUUGAAUGCAAAAGUAAUGAUCCAUUACAGGCAAAAUGACUAGGAAACUAAGAAUCAUUUUAAGUACUCUUGGUUAAAGAACCUCAGGAAGAAAAAGACUUCCUCCUAAGGAGAAAUAGCAUUGAAAAAUAAAAGAAAGAGAGAAAAGACUGCAACAGUUUUCCUAAAGUAUUUAAAAAUAAAUUUCUUGGUGCUUUCUUGCAUAAUUUCCUGGAAUGGAGUAUCUGAACAUGAAUUUUUUUCAGGAUUUCAAGUGUUCUUAACAAUUUCUUUAACACCACUGCAAAAAAAUCAUUCUGAGAAAAGCUGGAGGCAUAUGAUUCUAAGGAGCAAUAUCUGCUAAUGCUCCUAAAUGUGCAAUAGCUUAUAUAUGAAAAGUGAAUCAUGCCGCAGUACAGUACAAUAUGUUUUCUUCUCUUAAACAUUGUUUUACUCUAGUCCUUUGUGGACACAUACAUCUGAACAGAUGGCACACUACCUCUUUCAUGUUUCCUGUCUGUGUUGCCUUGGUGCUUUUCAUAACACAAGGUGCUUGUGGCCUUAGCAGAGAUUAUUUGAGUCCCUUUUCUUUCAGACUGUAUGUGCUGGUUACAUCAGGAAAUGUUUCUGUUGUAAAGGUACUUAUUUUAAAUCGUCGGUCACAUACUUCGCUACAAUGAGAACGUUAUUUAUGUGGAUUUCUUGUUUAAAAUAUUUUUGUGUACUAUUUUGGAAAAUGGUAUAUAGGACAGCACAUUGUAUAUGAUGCAUAUAUUCAGAACAGUUUGCUUUACAGCCAUUGUAAAAAUUCUUGUAGAAAAGCUACCUAAAGUAGUUUUGAGUUUUGGAUUCUGUAUUUCAGUUAACAUUGCAAAUGCCAAAGCCAUCUUCGGAUGAUACAUUCUGUAUAUAUUUUGUAACUUCUGAAAAAAUCUACUACAGCAUGUCUUCUGAACAGCUGCUGUUACACUAAAUGCUAAACAGCAUUUCAUACUUUAAGAAAUUCCAUUUUUUUGCAAAGUUAUUAGAUCAUUUUGGGUUUUUGUAAUUAAUUCUAAAAUGUUCAACUAAAUUUUUUUAGUAAAAAAGAACAAUUUUACCAUUAGCAAAAGCACUCUCUAUAUUGAUAUGCCUCUACCUGUUAACAAUUCAAAGUGUGCUCAGGAGUACAUGGCAAGGUGAUACCAGACUGUAAAGGGGAGCAGGGGAGUGUUCUGCUUGAUCUUCAGGAAACCACACUUACCAAAGUAUAAUAAAAUAAGCUUCCAAGCUA